CAUAGCCAGUGUGACUAGCAAGACUAGUUGCGAGUCUGACCGUAUCGCUGGGAAUUUUCUUCGAUUUUUAUUUCCGCCGAGUCAAGUCGUCAUUCAUUUAUUCGGACCUUACCAUCAUCGCGACAUUCAGCACAUCCCUUCUUCAGUUUUGAGAGACAGUCGGCUGCGCCCGGGGGAUUGUGAGAAGUUCGCGCUUGUCGCUGCAUUGUUUGUGCGCUACACACCGGCUUACAUUAACUUUAGUACAGUGUGGAAGUUGCGCUCCGUCUCAUUUUUUGAUUCCCGUGCGCGCGUCUUUCAUCUGCGGCGUGCUUUGAAGUCGAACUCGCGUGUUCUUUGUAAAAAAUUCUCGAAUUUCGCGAAAAUGGCCGCAACAACGUUCGAAAUGGACGGAAGUGUAAUGGAAGGGGGAGGACAGAUUUUAAGGGUCUCUGUGGCGCUGAGUUGCAUCCAAGGGGCGUCAAUCAAAAUAAACAAAAUCCGAGCCGGUAGAAGCACACCGGGUUUGAGGCCUCAGCAUCUGUCAGGUCUCGAGCUGGUGAGGGACAUGUGUGACGGCAAUCUGGAGGGAGCCACAGUGGGAUCCUGCGAAAUUACUCUCACUCCUGGGAAAAUCAAGGGUGGCAAUCACAUCGCCGACACUCAGACGGCUGGAAGCGUUGGGCUGCUGAUGCAGGUGUCUCUGCCCUGCGUCUUGUUUGCUCAGGGUCCAUCAGAGCUCUGCCUGAAGGGUGGAACUAAUGCUGAGAUGGCACCUCAGAUCGACUACACGAUGAAGGUCUUCAAACCGAUCGUGGAGCGAUUCGGGAUUCCGUUCGACUGCGAUUUAAGAAUGAGAGGAUACUAUCCCAAAGGAGGUGGAGAGGUUGUGGUCAAAGUGACCCCUGUAAAGGAGCUUAGUCCCAUAAACAUGACUGAAAGAGGAAACAUCACCAAAAUCUACGGCAGGGCAUUCGUGGCUGGAGUUCUGCCAUUCAAGUUGGCAAAGGACAUGUCCACGGCGGCAGUACGCACUAUCAGAAAAGAGAUUAAGGACCUGUACAUCAACAUUCAGUCUUUGCAAGAAAAGGACAAGGCAUGCGGCAAUGGCAACGGCAUUAUAAUUGUUGCAGAAUCAUCCACUGGCUGCAUAUUUGCAGGGUCAUCCCUUGGCAAAAAGGGUGUGUACGCUGACAAAGUGGGAAUCGAAGCUGCCGAGAUGUUGCUGAGAAACAUCCGACACAAUGGUUGCGUGGAUGAGUUCUUGCAAGACCAGCUAAUUAUUUUCAUGGCCCUGGCGAAUGGCACAUCUAGAAUAAGGACCGGUCCAAUCACUCUACAUACGCGGACAGCAAUCCACGUUGCCGAGCAGCUCACGAACGCGAAAUUUGUUAUACACAAGGCCGAAGAUGAGCAAGCUAACAACGGCACCUUCAUUAUCGAGUGCCAGGGAGUAGGUGCCACCAACUCGAGCUUGUAAGCGUGGCUCGUCCUUGGCCAACGUAAGAUGGAGGACUUGUAGCAGAGAGACACUACUACUGUAACUGGAUAACUUAAAGAUGGCUUAACAUUAUCUUCAUGUUAUCUCAGGGUUCACGUUUUCAUAGUUUCCGCAUUGACCACGGGUCAGCCUGCCCUGUCCGUGCUUAUUCCCUAUGCUUGCCCCUUCCCUCUCUAAAACUUUUGUUACUCAGGGUAUUGCCUUAUACUGUAACGAAUCGUCACCUUCGGAUAGUUCGGAUCCUCUUUGCAAUAUUCUCACCUAGUUUGUCGGUGUGAUUUCAGAUUCAGUUUCGAAACGCUCAGAAUUGCUUUCCGCACCCUAACAUAAGCCUUAAGGGUUAGAAACCUUCAGAUACAUGGAAUUGAUCGAUCGCUUAACCAUUUUGCAUGGAAAUAGUAAUUUACUGUACAUUUGUCACUGGUAAAUUUAGUGCACUGUGUGUACACAGAGAAAAAGAAAAGGUUAUACAGCCCCCUUAAGUUUAUGUAGCUGCUUUUUGUUCUGUGUUAUUUAAGACGUUUUGUUGGUAAGAAACACAUUUCUGAAAUUUCAUCUUUGGUUUUUUCUUUGAGCUUUUUGUUCCAUUAAGGUGCACGGCAUUUCUAAAUAAACUUGUGCGCCGUUGGUAUUUGUUUAAUGUUGAUUUAAGAAUGACAAACGGUAUUGGUUUCAUUCCAUGUUCAUUAUUAGUGUUUAUUUAUAAGAUGGAAUUGCAUAUGUUGAUUUGACAUUUUUGGCUACUUUAUGCAAAGUUUUGUUAUUUGCAUUCAAAUAAUUUUCAGGAAAAAAUACAAUAAAAUGAGUAAAAGACA